AUGUCAGACGACGACAUCGAGCAAAUUCGAAAAAUUCAAUGUCAGCUUAUCUCUACAGGAGUGAUUCCGAUGAGUCGAUUUUCAACUCCAUUGAUGAUAAAACUGUACGAGGCGAUUAUUCGAGCGGUUGUCCCUACCAAUGUUGACGAAGAAACCAUCGGAAAUCUUGCUCAAAAAGUUGGCGCGAGUUCAAAAACACUGGAUCGUCAUGCUAGUCAGCAUAUUGAAGAGCUGAAAAAGACGAUCAAAGACAACGCGGAAAGAAUCGCUAAGUCGAAAUGCGCGCAUGUUAUGCUAGACCAUCAGUAUAUGAAAAGGGGUGCGGAUCAUGAGACAAAGCGCUGUGGAGUAUUGUUGAUCUUGACCGACUCGGAUAUUCUUCCACACCGUGUUUUACUUGGCUAUAUCAGCAUCAACUCAACAAAGAUGGAUAUGAAUAUUCAACCAAUCACAAACCUUCUUAAAAGUUACAAUCUUUUCGACUAUGUCAAGAAAGGAUUUGUAUCAAUAAGCAGCGAUUUUGCGGCCCUCAACUUGUGCAGGGAGCUUGGACCACUCAAUUUUUCAGGCUGCGCCGCUCACACGAUCAACAAUAUAAUAUCGAGGAUGUUUACUCAUCAUUUAUCACCUAAGGCGAGCAUCGAAUAUGAAAGAUGCAAAAACGUCUUCGUUCAUGGAAGCAAGAAUUUUCAGACUCCCGAGAGUCACCAGUACGCGUCAUUGAAUUGCUAUCUAACAGCACGACCGAUCGGAAAGGAAGCUGCGCUGCUAAAAGCUAAGCUGAAAUUACAGUAUGACGAUGUGAAUGUGACUUCGACAGACAUCGAAAUUGUAGCUGAACGAUACAAAAAAUAUCCCUCUCUGGGGAGCGAUUUUCUGACUUCCACGAGGUUUAGAAAGAUCAUUUAUUCGAUGAGCGCACUUUUGAUCAACUUCGAAGUGAUCGCUGACUUGGAGCGACUUAGUCAUCCUCAACACAGAUUGAAAGUUGCGCUUCCAGACAAGGCGUUCGUCGAAGCGGCUGUUGAUAUUCUAGUGCCCCUGUCAACGACAAUGGAUCUUUUUGAUUCGGACUCGAAAAAGAUAAAUGCUGGUCAACUUUAUGAUCAAUACACAAAGUUGAUCAUUUUCGCGGUCGAAAAUAUCAAAAACUCGAUCGGAUAUAAGAAAAUCAUCAGCGAGAGCUUGCUCAUAACUAUCGCUGAGCAGAUUACUGAUUACACUAUCGACAGAAAUGGAUGCAAGACAAAAACAAAAGUUGAAAAUCGAAUCUCCUCAAAAGAACUGGCGCAAACCUUUCUUUGGCUUCCAACGCGUGCCCUCGAUUUUGAAGAAGUUCGGGAAGCGCUCAAAGAAGUUCCUGGAUCUCUGCUCUGCUCGGAACUAGAUGAUGUUUUGGAGAGUUCUACUAAAGAUUACAUUGAAAACGCCAAAAAAUUUAUCAUCGCGCUUUCUGAGUCCUACGACGAACCAAUUGCAUCAAUUCCGAAAGAAUCGUCUAAAGUUUCUGGAAUCGCGCGCAAGUUUCCAAGACUCUACAAAUCUUCGCAAGAUAAAACUUAUCAGAAUGAGUCAAAGACGAUCGAAAGCGAGCUCUUUAUAUACUCUCAAAUGGGUGGUGAAGAAGAUGGAAUUUUCGAUCAAUUCAUUUGCGAGAUGAUGGUGAAAGAAAUACCAGAGUGUCAAUGGAGAUACGAGUUUUGGUCGAGACAAACAUCAAGAAUGCCGUUGUUGUCUUCCGUAGCUAUCCAAGUGCCGACCCCAGAAGGAGUAGAUCCAGAAGCAAUGAAUGUCAUUCUUCAAUACCUGGCCAACUUUGGGUUUGUCAAGACAAAAGCAGAAGAGCUUGCGCAGCUCAAGAGAGAAAACCAAAAGCUGAAAGAAGAAAUCGAAAAGAGCAAAGAUACGCUAUCUUGCAGAGUUUGCUUUGAAUAUUUUGGCCUUUCAAAGCUUUGCACUCUUCCAUGCGGCCAUAUCUACUGCAAAGAAUGCGUCAAAAGGUUCCCCAAAGAUCCUCACUUAGCUUCAGUUAUCACCUGCCCGACAUCGGUCAAUCGGAUCCCAGAUGAUGCUUUAAACACGCGGGCCGUUCCUCCAGAUGAACUCAGUGAUGACGAUGACUUUCUUGAGGAUGGAGAAAUUGAUGACGAAUCAGACAUCAGCGUCGAUUACAAUGAUCUACACGUAGAUGAGGCACAGGAUUUCGAAGACUAUUUCUACUUGCCUGGCGAUUUUAGUGAUAACAGUGACAGAUUUUCCGGAUUUGGAGAAGAAAUAUUAUAUAACGAUGGAGAUGAUAUUUUGGAAAAUCCUUUCGAAACCAUCAUGGGUCGUGCUUUCGGUCGAGCAAAUCGUCAGCCGGCUGCUCCUAAUAAUGCUCCUGCAGCGGCAAAUGGAGCGCUUACUGCAAAUGAUGUACAAUCCUUCGCUACUCGUGUGACUCAGUCAAUGCAGUCAAAGGAUGAACAGAUCAAGGAGCUGAAAGAAGAGGUGGAUCGCCUCAAAGAAAUUAUCGAGGGCACUGACGAAAGCAAGAAGGACGGUCGUCUCUGCACUCUAAAAUGCGGAGUUUGCCUCGACAUCAAGAAAGCCACAGAGUUCUCGGUGAAUACUCCUUGUGGACACUGUUUCUGCAAGACCUGCAACGCCUCCCUCAAGGGAAACCGAGAUUUCAAAUGUCCAAAAUGCCGAGCGAGAGUGCAGCGACAGACCGACAUUUUCGUUUGA